AUGGAGAAAACCGAGCAACAAUCAGGUCGACCAGAAGAAAAAAGAUCCAUUUGUAAGAGCCGAACUUCCAACCGAGCAGCCACGCCGGAGACAAGUUUGGUCAACAUAUUGGUCGUUGUCACAGCUUGUCUCGGCGGCUUCGUCUAUGGAUUCGCCGCCAAUACUCUUUCGGAAUCACUUUCGCAACCGACCUUCAUAACCAAAUUUUUGACCACGCCAGAUCAAGCCUCCCUUCAGGAUGGCAUGCUCGGAGGGUUUCUCGGUGGUGCCCUGCUAGGUGUGCUGGCCCAAGCUCCAUUGUCCAACAAGUUUGGCCGACGAGUUGCCAACGCCGCAGGCGGUAUAAUCUUGACUGUCUCCGGGGCAAUACAGGCAGGGUCAGUCAACGCCGGUAUGUUCAUCGCUGGGCGUGUUAUUUGUGGCGUUGGCUCGGGUAUGAUUUUCGCGAAUACUCCUGUGUAUAUGAGUGAAGUCUCUCCACCUCAUACCCGUGGUCUGCUAGUCGGUUUACACGGGGUCGGGGUGGUGACCGCAUACAUUCUGGCUGCCGUGUGUGCUCUCGCAUUCAGUUUUGUUGAGAACGCUAUUCAAUGGCGUCUGAUCUUCAUCGUUCUCACCGCAAUCAGUGUUAUCUAUCUGGCUACCCUCUAUUUUAUUCCCGAAUCCCCUCGCUGGCUCAUGGAAGUGAAUCGCAACGCAGAGGCUGAGCGCGUUCUGGAAUAUUUGCACCGUACAAAGCGGGACCCAAGAGCAACAUUUGCUCAUGCAGAGGCACAGCAGAUCAAGGCGCAAGUGGAGAUCGAGAGGAACUCCCCAAGUGGUUUUAUCUAUAUCUUUCGCACACCAUCCCACCGAAAGCGAGCGUUCUGCUCCAUUCUCUUGUGGGUGAUGGGCCAAGCCACAGGCAUCACCACGAUUGGCAACUUGAUCCCUACCCUUCUCGGUGCUCUUGGAUUUGGCACCACGAUGCAAUUGGGCCUCGGGGUUGUGUGGGCCGUUUGUGCUGUCAUCGGGUGUGGAUUUAACGUUUUACUUUUGGACCGAGUUGGACGUGUUCGUCUUCUGGUGGUCGGUGGCUUUGGUUGCGCUGCCAUUAUUGGGAUGAUGGCUGCGCUUCAGAAAUGCUACGCCAACACUACAUUUAUGCCAGGUAUAAAUGCGGCCUGCACUGCAUACGUAUAUGGCUCCGAGAUCUGGCCCACGCAUCUACGCAGUGAAGGGGCUACCAUUGUAUAUGCUAGCUUCUUUGCCAAUGCGGUGGCUUACGCUGCACCAGUCUCUGUCGCAUUGGAGAGUAUCGGGUGGAAGUUCUUCAUGGUGUUUGUCGCAGUUCCCACCGUCGUGACAGCAUUCAUUGCGUUAUAUUUCCCUGAGACCAUGGGUCUCAGUCUCGAGGAAAUCAACUCCAAGUUCGGCGAUCGUGUGGAGAUGGAUUUGCAAGACGCCUUGGGUAUCAAUACUGGUAGCAGCUCGGAGCCGAGCAGCGUCUAG